AUGAGUACUACUUUGCAAUCGCCUACAUCCCCUGCCGACAAUCGUCAGUCCCCGGACGACAGGAAACAGACUCCUCCCGCUUUCCUUGACCUCGCUGACUCGGCCUCGCGUCAUGGCAGUAAUAUACCGGACAUGCGCUACGUCAAGCGUAUUGAGCACGAAAGGCAACGCGCGUUGCAACGCAAAAUGUUCGAGGACCAAAUGCGUGCUCUCGAGCAGCAGCAAGCCCGCGAGCUGCUUAGCAUUCCUCUGGAAGCCGGUCUGGCCGUAUCCGCGCCGACGACGCCCCCACGCGUGAAUGCCACCCUCAACGACGAGAUGUUGUCUGGUCUCGGCGCUGGCUACGCGCAUGCUUCCGUCGACGCGGAGAGCCUCUCUAAGGCUGUUGGCUUUGCUUCUGACAAGCGCAAGUCGGUGACGUAUGCGCCGUCUGUCAACCACUCCCCGGAGAUGCCUUCGAGCAACAUGCACCAGAGCUUCGCUCGCCCUGGUGGCGCUAAGAGCAUGCCUGCUAGCCGCCGCACCUCGGCCAGCGAGCACGAUGAGGAGCUUGCGGGUCAUCUGCAAGGGCUUACCCUAGCUGGCGAGAGUGCGGAGCGCGAGCGCAUGCCCACUUCGUCGGGCGCGAUCCCGCAGUCGAUCUUGCGUGCCACCAGUGGCUUCGCCCAGACGAACGGACAACAGUACGGCAACAUUUACAACGCUGGUAUGAUGCUCGAUGAGCAGUUGGAUAAGGAGAUGCACAAUGCCAUGCGCAACCUGCCGACCUCGGAUCAGGACAAGUUCGCAAGGAAGCUUUCUGCGUCUUCCGCUGCGCUGGAUCUGGCGCCACUCUCCCAGACGCCUCCGCGUAACUCAGUUCUCGGCCAUCUGAACGGCAACGGGCGUGCCCCAGAGGCUUACGGACGUCGUACCGUCACCAACCCGACUAUGAGCCUUUCUCCAGCACUCGGCGACAUGUCAGGCGCGAAGGGGACUGUCUCUGGCAGUGCGACUCCGCUCAUGCAGCAGGUCUCGCAGGGUCUCUCACAGGGCCUUUCUUCUCGCCGCGGAUCCCCACUGAGUCUCACGGAUGGAUUGUCCAUUACGACUGCACGCUCGGUGCCUGCCACUCCCCUUCCGGGUGGACCUCAGUCCGCUUCGCUGAUGGGCAAGGCACCUGGCACGCCGCUCUCUGGCGAGGGCCCUGGUAUGAACGGCAUGCUGGGCGGACAGCACUCUCCGCAGACCGAACUUACUCCGUCGCUUCAGAGGAUGCCCUCAUCUGGCGGGUAUGAUGCGAACGCAGUGAACUUUAACUCGAUGCAGUCGGACGACCACCUUCAGGAAUAUGGAGUCGAGUCUGUUUACGGGCUCAACGGGAACGGCAUUGAGAAUGGUCGUUUCAACUCGUACAGCACUGGUUCGACGGCGCUGUACCAUCACAACGGCUCGAGGUACGGUCUGGGCAUGAACGGCAGAGCAAAUGGUGCAGACAGCAAGAUGGGUGGGCUGCAUGGACCCAAACACAAGCGUGGCGACGUUGACCGCGAGUUCAACCGCUUCGCAGGCACACGUCUGGAGGAUCUGCAGGGCGAGAUUCCUACGCUCUGCAAGGAUCAACAUGGGUGCCGCUACUUGCAGAAGAAGCUCGAGGAGGGUGUGCCUGAGCAUCGGGAUAUGAUCUUCCGCGAGACCUUCGGCCACUUCGCGGAUCUCAUGACCGACCCAUUCGGCAACUACUUGUGCCAGAAGCUGCUGGAGUACGCGACGGACGAGCAGCGCAAUGUGAUCUGCGAGUCUGUAGCGCAGGACUUGGUCAACAUCUCGCUGAACAUGCACGGCACGCGUGCGGUGCAGAAGAUGAUCGACUUCCUGUCCACCCGCAGACAGGCAAGUCGCGUUUCAGUCCUCCUCACUAAUAUCACUUACGAGACGAGGCAGACUGACCUCAAAUAUAACGCUCAGAUCCACGCUAUCAUUAUGGCUUUGAGCCUGCACGUCGUCGUCCUCAUCAAGGACCUCAACGGGAACCAUGUCAUCCAGAAGUGCCUCAACAAGCUUGCGCCGGAAGACAACCAGUUCAUCUACAAUGCUGUUGCGGCGAACUGUGUCGAGGUCGCUACCCAUCGCCAUGGAUGCUGCGUCUUGCAACGAUGCGUGGAUCAUGCAUCAGACCAGCAACGCGUGCAGUUGGUCAACGAGAUCACAUAUAACGCGCUUACCUUGGUCCAGGACCCGUACGGUAACUACGUCGUGCAAUACAUCCUCGACCUGAACGACAACCGCUUCAGCGAUGCGGUUAUCCGCCAGUUCACGGGCAAUGUAUGUGCGCUGUCCGUGCAGAAGUUCAGUUCAAACGUUAUCGAGAAGUGCAUUCGGGUUGCUGAACACAAUACCCGGAAGAUGCUGAUUGGGGAGCUGCUCAACCGCACGCGGCUAGAGAAGCUUCUGCGUGACUCUUAUGGCAACUACUGUGUCCAGACUGCUCUUGACUAUGCAGAGCCUAGUCAGCGGGCGCUGCUCGUGGAGGGCAUCCGGCCUGUCUUGCCAUUAAUCAGGAACACGCCAUACGGGAAGCGCAUCCAGAACAAGCUGCAGCGAGAGCACGUGGACGGCUUCGGCGGUGGCGGCUACCACCACAGCAGUCCCCUUGGCCUGUCUUCGCCGAGCAUGCUUGGUGGACACGGUGGUCGCCACAUGUCGCACCAGCUGCACUCUCCAGGAGCGUUGGCGGAUGCGUACACCGUGCCAAACGGCCUUUACGGCGGACCUGGUCUCCAGCAGGGUCACCUGCACGCUUCGCAGUUGCAUGGUCUGCAGCCCACGAACAUCGACAGCUACGUGAUGCAAGGCUCGAACAACCACAGUCCUGGGUUGACGCCGCCGCACUCGCACGCCUCUGGCUUCUCGUCCUACGGGGGUGUCAGCUCGUACCCUGUCGGCGUUGCGGAUCCUUACCAGCGCUCGUACGGGUACGGUAUGUAA